GGUAAAUACGCGGGAGGAGAGGAGAGGCUCUCAAGAGAAAGAGGGGAAGCUAAGGGGAAAAGGGAGAAAUCGUGUCGAUUAAGAAUUCAUCCGCCACCGCCUCGCUGCGCCGUCUGUUGUCUAUCCCCGUCGACGCGUUUUCCGUCAGCUCGCUCGGUCGCUCUAUGUUUGGUUGCGGCAACGAACUGGUUAGCUAUGCUUUAAGCCAGUAAAACUGAAAUACGAAAAGGACGGCGAGGCCAACGACGGAGAGGAGAUUCGUGAAUCCGGUGGUUGUAUUGGGAUUAAUUCGUGGUUGUGAGAUCAUCAGGUGAACUGGAGUGAUGGAAGACGAUAAGUGGAGCAUCGGCACGUCUACUACUUCAUCUAGGGCUUAUCAGCAGGAUUCUAAAUUUUUAUCUGAUCUUUGCAUUGAUUUUGAAUCGCUAGAAGACACGGAUGAUCACUUGCUGGCGGAUUUUCCCUGCCCGUAUUGCGAAGAGGACUAUGAUUUGGUUGAAUUGUGCUGCCAUAUAGAUGAUGAACAUCCGUACGAACCCAAGUCAGAGAUGUGCCCUGUUUGCGGUCUAACCGAUGCUAUGGACAUGGUUGCCCACAUAACAUCACAGCAUGGAGACAUGAUUAAGAUAUCCUUCCAUGCUCACAGUUUACAGAAGUUGAAGCGUCGAAAAGGGGAUUUACGGUCAUCACUGUCCUCCCUGAAGAGAGAAGCAGAAGAUGAUUACUUGCAAUCCUUGUUUUCUCGGUCUUCAGCUGCUGUGCUUCCCCCAACAGAUCCAUUACUGUCAUUCCUUCACCACGUGCCCUCUCUGGACAAAGCAGACAGUGCACAGUCUUUUCUAUCAACUGAAGUAGAUGCCGGGAAGCAGCAGCCAGUUGAUAUAAAAACUGAAAGUGUUUCUUCCCCUCCUCUGUCAGACAAGGAACAUACAGAGAAGACACAGAGAAGCCAGUUUGUACAGGGGCUGCUGUUGUCCACCAUGCUUGAUGAUGACUCGUGAGUGAUAGAGUCUAUGCCAUUGUCAUUUGCGGCGGACCGGGGAUGGUUCGCUUGCCUGUGUUUGAGCAUCAGUGCGUUCAAUGAAGAUCUCUUCUAUUUUCCCCUUGUUAUUUUUUCCCUGAUGGCUGCAACUUGUUAGGAAUAAGUUAGUAUUUGUAUCCAGUAAGUUUGGAAAUUGUACUCCAGAACGUAUUUAUCAAUGCAAUUGGUUGGAGAAACAAACUUGUGUUGGAUUCAAGUAGAUAAGAAAUUGGUUAGUGCCUCUACAUUGAUCUAAUUGGGU